UGCCGCUUAGCUAUUGGUACCCUUUCGAUGAAAACAAAUACCACAUCUGGAUCUUAAUCGAGCAGCUGCUGACAAUAUUUUGCGCUGGAUUAUCGUUCGCUUCGGUGCAUAUUUUCUGUAACUCCGUGUUGAUUUACAUGAGGGGGCAAUUGAAAAUAUUACAAUACUACUUUACUAAUUUUUUCGAAAACAUCGUGGAAAAAGAUAGAAAUGGUUGCUUCCAAGAAUUGAAGUUCCUGUGUGUGAAACAUCAAAACUUAAUUGAGUACAUUAAUACCGCAAAUUGUGCUUUCAAAGGAGUAGUGUUUUUUGAAUAUGCCAUUUCUUCCAUAGUGUUAGCUACAUCAAUUAUUCAAAUUUCUGUGGGUGGCAAUGUCACCAAUAACUUAAUUCAUUUGUUUGGAGUAACCAGUCAACUACUGCUAUUGGCUUGGUACUCGGACGAAAUUGUAUUUCAGAGUCUCGAGUUGGCACCGGCACUUUACCAAAGUAAAUGGUACGAAUGCAGCAAGGAAUCUAGAAUCCUGAUUAGUAUGAUGCUGAUGAGAUGUCAGAAGCCUUUGAGUAUCGAUAUAGGUUCAUUUGGAGCUAUGACAAUUCAAUCAGCAAUGACUGUAAGUAUUGUUAUUCGAUUGUUCUUGCUUUAUUUGCUAUGUGCUAAAAGGCAUCGCUUCAUGCUGAAUGAAUACCCUCAUAUUUAA